GCAAGGAUCAGCUAAACACACCUCGUUGCCUCGGAUAUUCUUUCUGCGCGCGGCCGCUCAUGAAGCGUUUCAUAUAGAACUACAACUGCUGGCCGAGGGCAGUUUUCAAGUCAAGAGUUGGUCACAUUGUGCAUUCUCAAAAUCCACCUCGCAAUCGCAUUCGAAAUGGUAACGACUCGCGGCCGUCCCCAGGGACACCUCACCCCAGCCAAGUCGACCCCGCGGAAAGGGGAGUGGGCGCACUCUCCCUCCAACCUAUCAAUCAUAUGGCUCCUUAUUUCCCUCCCUCUCGUGAUGUGGGAUACAGGAUAUGUGAUGCUGCGGCCGCACAGCAUGCCUGGAGGCUCCCUACACUGGCCCCUGUGGGUUCCGUACGAAUUGUAUUGCGAGAUGGACUACAUAUAUGGGUGGAAGGCUUUCAAUGAGCACAAUGGAUUUACCGCCGCGCAGACGAUGUUAAACAUCAUCGAAACUGCUAUGUAUAUAUAUUAUUUAUACAUCGUGUACGCAUACGGCCGGCCAUCAACUUCUCACCAACGCGGCGCGUCAAAGCCUUCUACUGCGGCGGUUUUAGGCCAACAGCGUGCUGCUGUUAUGACUGUUAGCAAAACCGUGCUUUAUUGGUUGAAUGAAUAUUUCUCUGGCUUUGCGAAUAUUGGUCACAAUGACACACCACGUCUCCUACUCUGGGCAGUCUCUAAUGGUGCCUGGAUCAUCGUCCCCUCAUAUAUCAUCUACUUGACCGGAAAUGACAUCCUACGAGGCUUGACAGUUGCUGCUGGUGGCGCUACGAGCUCUUCCGAUGAUACAUCGUUGGUCAAGACUGAAUGAGGAUGGGGUUGAUUUGGACGGCUGGUAUUGUGUUCACUCGACAAAACUCCUCCAGAGUAUUGACUCCAAUCAGAUAGUCUUUUCUUAUAUACAUAAAAAAGGACAAAAGUUGUGAGAUGUCUC